AUGGCACAGUACGGAAAUAAUUACGGCGGUGGUCAAAACCCGUAUGCUCAACAAAAUUCACCAGGCUAUCCUCAAUCGCCUCAAUACGACAAUGGAGCAGCCAUGGGACGAGACUCUUAUGGUGGUGAGCACGUUCGAACGCACAACAAGUAUCAUCUCAUUAACAUCGCAGCAGGACAAAAUGUCGAAAUGGCAUCCUUGGCACAAAAUGGAAGUCAACCCGGGCAACAAAUGAACCCUAACUACAUUCUCAAUGCAUGCCGCGAUAUCGACAAUGAAAUCAACGCAGCAGCUCAAUAUGCCGCCGAACUCGACGACCUUGGAUACAGGGUCCAAACCGAACUCGACCAAGCAUCUAUAGCCAGAAAACUUGACCUUAUUGCAGAGAAAUCCAGCACCCAAUUUAAAGCAAUCAUUGAAGAGAUUUCCAAGCUCAAGAGAAUGCCCGAGUCAGGAAGCCCAAUGAAUCAGUCGCAAAUUGGAAGAGUUCAACGUAAACUCAAGCAAACAAUGGAGGCAUACAAGGCCAAGGAAAUGGAUUUCGAACAUAAGAUUAGAGAUCAAAUGAGACGAGAAUAUCGAAUCGUCAACCCCGAAGCUACAGAGUCAGAAGUAAACGCUGCUGUACCAAAUGCGGAACCACAGCAAAUGUUUCAACAAGCUUUGAUGACAAGCAACAGACAAGGACAAGCGAAUACAACUUUGAAUGCUGUCAGGCAAAGAAAUGAGGCUAUCAAGAAGAUCGAGCAAGAUAUUAUCCAAAUUGCAGAACUGUUUUCGGAGAUGGAGAACUUGGUCGUACAACAAGAAGCUGCUGUGGUCAACAUUGAAAUGAAGGGCGAAGAAGUUGUCGAGAAUAUGGAUAAGGGAGUUCAACAAAUGGACACGGCAAUUGUCAGUGCGAGAUCAAGAAAUAGAAAGAAGUGGUAUUGCUUAGGUCUUGUUGUUAUCAUUGUUGCCAUUAUCGCAAUCGUCUUGGCUGUACACUUCACCAGUAACAAAUCAGACAACAGUACCAAAGCUACUACCAAGAGAGCAGUUGUUCCAGGUACUGACUUCACUACAUCAGACAGAUUUGUCGUACCAGGAGCGAGCUUCGUAGAAUCAAGAAUGGUGGUUGCAGGCAAGGAUUGGAGUGAAGAAAAGGCAGUUGUUCCAGGUGCGGACUUCACACCUGUGGUUAGAAAGUGGAAAAAAUUCAUCGCAUGA